AUAAAUUAAUUUAUUUUCCUGCCUUUUUAUUUAAUUUAUUUUGUUUAAUUAUUGAUGGUCUAUGUUAAAUACUUGGAUUGUUCUAGUGUUAAAACUUUAUUAUGCAUAUAUCGUAUAUACUGCCACUCUGCCGGUGUAUGUUUAUCCAAUACAUAUUAAAUUAUUUGGGAUGCGGCGGGCGGGGAGUGUUGUCCCGUCCACGAAAAUUUUCCCGGGGAUCGGGGAUCCAUGGCCCAAUAUUAAGCUACGGUAUUAGAAUUGAAUUGAGGAAUAUGGUAUUAUACACGUGCAGUUAGUGAUGACGACAUCAAAUUUUUUUGGUAGUGUGUCUGUACUGUGUUUAGAGUUACCAAUUUGGAGGUGUGGGUCUGUGUUUACUGUGCGGCUCAUCUGCUUCUUUUACAAAUUCUACUGUGUUUAUGUGUUAUUAGUUUUGAUCUAAUUAUUUUUGUAUAAUUAUGCAUCUAUGUGUUUUGUUUUUAAAUUUUCUUUUUCCAGGAUGGCGGAAAUAUCAGAAUUCCAAUAUGCUUAUUUCACUUCCGGACCAGAAACCAUUCGGAUUAAAAUCCCUAUGACAAGUAAUAGUUUUGAACCCGAAGUCGAGCUUGUGUUCUCUAAUCCAUCUCAACCUCUUCCAAAAGCUAUGGGACUCUUUAGCCACAAUCACAUUGUAUAUAUGGUUGGGGGCUACUAUCUACGUGACGGUUUGGAUGACGAUUUGGAUGACGAUGUGGAUGACGAUGUGGAUGACAAUGUGGAUGUCGAUGACCAUCAAUAUGUUGAUCUUGUUCAUAUGUUUGAUCCAACAAAGUUCGACAAAAUUCCGUUUGAAAAUAUUGAACAACUUGAGAAGUUAACAUGUGAACACAUGGUGUUUCCUAGAGUCAUUCGAGCUGAGGAUCGGAUUUACCUGUUGUCACUGCGUAAUUUGUUUGGUUAUCGUUUGAUCAGAGAUGCCUUCCGUUUUCAAUACUUUGAUCCAAACAAGAAUUUGUUUGAAACCCUGCCAUCCCCACCCGUUCUAAUUGAUCGUGAAAUUUACACUGAUCAUCUUGCUGUACGGUGUUCUUUUUUCCUUAGAGAUUAUAUAUAUGUGCUUAUUACAGACACUGGGACUUUUUGUCAACCAUCUAAGUUCAACACCACAAAUUCAAAAUGGGAGGAUUGUCCGUCCAUGGUGGACAAAUUUGAAGAGAAAAAUAUUCCUUUUCCCUUCUCACAUGCUGGCGAUAUGGGGAUUUCGGAUAAAUUGGUUGAUAACACUUGGAUUCUAGUCGCCCUUAAUGUUGGUGCUCUGCCCAUUGCAUAUAAUGUUGACUUUAGUGACGAGGGUGAUAUUCAACCUAUAUCUCAUAGGGUUCUAGCUGAACUUUAUACUUCGGAUUUUGAUAUGGAUUGCUUAGCAAGUGAUUGGAAACAAUUAGCUGAUAUGGGAGGUGGAAGGUUUUGUGUGAUGUACUGUGCUUUAGAUGAAGAUAUUUUGAUAUACGGCUUCAAUAUUGAUUUUGAACUUGAACACACCAUUCAAAGGAAUGAAACUGAAAAUAGUUCGUCAUAUAUCAUUUUCAAAAUGAAAUUCAAUCAUCAUGACCCCAUCUCUUUGAAGCAUUUACUUACUGGUUUCUGUAUAGCCUCUGCUCCUCCUCCUCUUGCAUCUCCCGACAAUGAAGACCAAGACAAGAAUGAUAGGAAGAGUAAGAGAAAAUGGGGGGAGUAGAUUUUUAGUCCAGCUAUGCUCCUCCCCCUCCACCUCUUCAUGCGCCGCUGAAGAUAACUGUUGUGCUACGCUACUUGCAGGCUUGCAGUGAAGACUACUAUGGGUGAUCACAUGUGCAGAGAUAACUGUUGUGCUCUGCUGCUUGCAGUGAAGACUACUAUGGGUGGUGGAGGGCCUAUCUGACUGCCGGUUCCUUAGUUUUAUACUCUAUUUUCUUUUCCUCUUUGUUUGUAAGAUAUACUCGUCUGUGAAGAUUGUGACUGAUGGCAACAAAGUACGUACUCAAUUACUAGCUGGCCCAGGGGAAUCAUAACUUGAGGGAAUUGAACUAGGGUUUUCCCAAAAUUCAUCCCGGCUCAUUUGCCACUUGAGCUACCCGAUUGGUUACAUUUUUUUGGCCAUUUACAUAAUAUUCUUCCUUCUAUAAAAUGUUUUAGUUGAUCCA